UUAAACCGCCUUGCAUAAUUUUCUCAUCACCAGCUACCUUCCUGCUUCUGCAAACUCAAUGGAGUUUCAUGAACCCAGGCUAUGUGCAUUUUGGUUUAAAUCCCUUCAUGUGAUUACCCAUCUCCUCCUUGUUAUGAACUUCUUCCUACCUACCACUAUUGCAAGCUCAUUUGGAAAUGAAACCGAUCGAUUUGCUUUACUCAAAUUGAAAGAAUCCAUAAUCACUGACCCACUAGGGUUCUUGAACUCAUGGAAUGACUCCAUUCACUUCUGCAACUGGCAAGGAAUUACUUGCGGCAAGAGGCAUCAAAGAGUAAUGGCCUUGGACCUACAAGGUUAUCAUUUGAAUGGAGCCAUAUCACCAUACAUUGGCAACCUCUCUUUUCUAAGGUCCAUCGACCUUGGAAACAACAACUUCUCUGGCAAGAUUCCACAGCAACUUGAUCAUUUAUUCCGCCUGCGCUAUUUGAAUGUAAGUCACAACAUGUUGGAGGGGGGAAUUCCAGUCAACCUGACCUCCUGCCCGGAACUGAGUCACAUAGAUUUAUUGUCAAACCGUCUUACAGGCACAAUUCCACCGGACCUUGGCUCAUUGGUGAAGCUUGUGUAUCUAGAUCUUGAGCAAAACAAAUUGACAGGAGGCAUCCCACCUUCCUUGGGAAAUCUUUCAUCAAUCCUUUUCCUUUUUCUAACAGACAACAAUUUGGUGGGCAACGUUCCCGAGGAGAUAGGCCGAUUAAGAAGCUUAGCUUUUUUUGGCGUUGGGAUCAAUAAACUCUCUGGUAUGAUACCUCCUUCCCUUUUUAACAUAUCAUCUAUGGAGAUCUUCGAACUUGCAAAAAAUAAGUUUAAGGGCAGUAUUCCACCCGCCAUAGGCCUCAACAUGCCUCAUCUCCUAGAAAUGUACGUCGGCGGAAAUGAACUCUUUGGGCAAAUCCCAUCUUCAUUUUCCAAUGCUUCUCUGUUUCGCAGUCUUGAUAUUGGAAUAAAUAAUUUUGUAGGGCAAGUUCCCAAAUGUUUUGGAGAUCUUCCAGAUCUCCAGUGGCUCGAUGCAAGUGACAAUAAUCUAGGAAGUUUUUCUGCUAAUGACUUGGAUUUUAUAACAUCCUUGGUCAAUUGCAGCAAACUGGAAAUGCUUGAUAUGGGUGCCAACAAUUUUGGAGGUGUUUUACCCAACUCUGUAGCCAACUUGUCAACUCAACUGACUGGAUUGUACUUUCAAAGCAAUCACAUAUCAGGAGUAAUUCCUGAAACAUUCGAAAAUCUCAACAAUUUAAUAGCCUUAAGCCUGGGAAAAAACCUGUUCAGAGGCGCCAUUCCUACCUCUAUUGCCAAGUUACAAAAGCUGCAAGCAUUGGGUUUAAGAGGUAAUAGAUUAUCAGGAUGGAUCCCAUCUUCCAUAGGAAACCUCACUCAGUUGUAUAAAGUCAGCUUGUCAGGAAAUGACUUGGAAGGAAACAUUCCUCCAAGUAUUGGAAACUGCCAACAUUUGCAGGAGAUAUAUAUAUCAGAUAACAGGCUUAGUGGAGAUAUACCACCACACGUGAUUGGUAUUUCCUCCCUUGUCUUUCUCAACUUAUCACAAAACUCACUAACUGGCAGCCUGCCUGUGGAAGUGGGUAAGCUGAAGAAUAUUUUUGCCCUCGACAUCUCUGAAAAUAAUUUGACCGGAGAAAUUCCAGUCAUCAUUGGUGGCUGUAUGAGCCUUGAGCUUCUUCACCUACAAGGGAAUCUCUUUCAAGGUAUGAUACCUUCUUCUUUGGCUUCUUUGAAAGGUCUUCGGUACUUGGACUUUUCACGAAAUAACUUGUCAGGUCAAAUUCCAAAGGAUAUCCAAAGACUUACCUUGUUGCUAUAUUUGAACCUAUCUUUCAAUAAUCUGGAAGGUGAGGUUCCAAAAGAAGGAGCCUUUCGAAACAGAAGCGCAACAUCCUUGGUUGGAAAUAGCAAACUUUGUUGUAUUGGUGUUUCUGAAUUUCAGCUACCGGCAUGCACCAUCAAAAAGCAGAGAAAAUUCAAACUGCAGUUCACAAUUUUGUUGGUGGCUGGAUGCUCUCUUGUGUUUGCAGCCUUGUUUACUCUUUAUUGGAGGAGAAAAAUGAGAAAGAAACCAUUAGCUGUAGACUCAUCAAUCAACUUCCUCUCAAAGGUUUCAUACGAGACACUUCGUCAAGCUACUGGUGGAUUCUCUCCGAGCACUCUAAUUGGAUCAGGCGGUUUUGGCUCUGUAUACAAAGGGAUUCUUGAUCAGGAAGAAAACAGCGUGGUUGCCAUAAAGGUCAUCAACCUUCAACAGAGAGGAGCUUCCAAGAGUUUCACUGCAGAAUGCAAUGCACUAAGAAAUAUCCGGCACCGGAAUCUUGUCAAGAUCUUAACUUGCUGCUCCAGCAUGGAUUACAAUGGUACUGAAUUCAAAGCUCUAAUCUUUGAAUAUAUGUCAAAUGGAAGUUUAGAGGAGUGGCUGCACAGAGAAAACCGAUCAAUGAGUUUGACCCUUCUUCAAAGAUUGAAUAUUGUUGUUGAUGUGGCUUCUGCAUUAUGUUAUCUUCAUGACCAUUGUGAACCUCCAAUCAUUCACUGCGACAUGAAGCCAAGCAAUGUUCUUCUUGACGAUGAUAUGGUUGCUCAUGUAGGUGAUUUUGGCUUAGCCAGACUCAUCUCAACCACCACAGAGUCCUCGCAAACUCAAAGUAGCACAAUUGGAAUAAAGGGAACAAUCGGCUAUGCUGCUCCAGAGUACGCAAGUGGUGUAGAGGCAUCAAGACAGGGAGAUGUGUAUAGUUAUGGGAUUCUUGUAUUGGAAAUGUUCACAGGAAGAAGGCCCACCGACGAAAUGUUCAAAGACGGUUUGAAACUCCACGACUUUGUUAAGAUGGCAUUACCCGGAAGGCUUGUGCAGAUUGUGGACGCUGCUCUUCUCGCCACACUAGAAGAGACAGCUCCUACAGCAACUGCAGGAAAUGAAGUGAACUACAUGCUUAGAGGUCAUAACAAUGAAAUUGAAGCAGAAGAGGAAAAUAGAGAUUAUGAGAACCUAAGCAAGAUGGACACAGGUGUGUGGAAGUGUAUACAUUCAAUCUUUGAGAUAGGACUGGCGUGCUCGGAGGAAUCACCAAAGAAUAGAAUGUGUAUGGAGGAUGUCCUCAGGGACCUCCACCGUAUACAAAUUGCUUACAUUGGUGUUGUGAUCAAUCGAGAGAGACCAAGAAGAUAAACAACAGAUUAUGGCAUGGGAAGCGAUACUCUGAGUUAUUUAACAGUGGGAAGUUGUGCUACUACUAGAGUAGACAUAGGCAGCAUGAUAACCUGAACGUCUUCUUCCUGAUGCUAAAUUGUGCAAGUGCUUGAUUUCGAUAGGUUUGGAGUUUCUUGUUCCAGAGAGCGGAUGAAGGCUAGCAAAUGUUGUAGGCUUGUAGCUUAAGAAUAUGUAUCGUGUAAUAACUCACGAAUUCAGUCCCUAUUUAAUUACUCCAAGGCUAUGGCUAAACCAA